CUGGGACUCUGGGAACACGUCCGAAAAUGGAGCUCACAUUGCUGCGUUCCCUGUCAUUUCCCUCCAUUCCUACAGCUACAGUUUACUUGAACUUCAAUGGAUCAAAGCUGAUCUUAUUACAAUUGCAUGAAGCAAUUAGGGACUGCAAGCCCAAAGCUUACUACGCAAGUUAUCCAAAAAUUGGUGGACCAUUUACUUUAAAGUCACAAGAGCAAGGAAGAGAAAAACAUGGGGUAUCCUUUGCAUUACCAGAAACUGCUGCUUCUGUAGUACUUGCUGCCACGGUUGUAGGUGCAGCAGCAACUCUUUUAGUGAAGACAACCAAAACUUCUGAAACUUCGGAGAACUUGUCGAAAAUUUGUGAAGAUUGUGGUGGCUCGGGUGUUUGUGCUGAAUGCAAUGGCGAAGGAUUUGUGCUAAAGAAACUUUCAGAAGAAAGUGCUGAGAGGGCAAGGAUGGCUGCAAAGAACAUGGCCACACGGUACACAGCAGGGCUCCCGAAGAAGUGGAGUUACUGUACAAAGUGCUCUUCAUCUCGAUCCUGUAUUACAUGUGGUGGCAGUGGGAGGUUAAGUGCAUAAUUUGCGCUAGUCACACGUUAGCUUCUAACCCAUAUUGGAGGUUGUUGCUUCAUUUCACUCUGUCACUGCACAGAGGCAGCUUGGGCCAACUUCAAGUAGUUCUGAACCUCAAGGUUUAACCUUCCUAUGCUUUAUGCAUUUUGGAAAUGGUUUCAAUAGCAAAGGUAUUUUUAUGCUUGAACAAAUGCAAUAUAAAUUUAUCAUUCUCAUUUGUUUCCCCACACACCCUUCAUGUCUAUUUUGCUACAAGUUGACAAUGUUUUAAAAAAUGGAUGAAUAAAGAUGUGAUUGUGCAUUUAUUUCUGCCAUUAUCAAACAUAGAUGAGAUUGACUUAAAUGAUAUAUGCUGUUACCCAGAGAAAAAUAGAUAUCUGGGAAUCAUAAGCCA